GAUCCCAUUCUUCAGUAUCGCCCUCACUUCGCCCACUCCCUUCCCGUUCAGAUACUUAUGACAGGAAUUAUUCUCACCCUCGUGGUGGUUCUGUUUAUGCACCUCAUCUUCACAGCACAGUACCAUUGGCGCCUUGCCCAGGUCAACUACAUCCUUCAGAUAUCUGCUGUGGUGACCCUCCUCACUUCAUUGAUCGCGACACUAGUCCUCAUCUUCCGGAGUGCAAUAUCGGAGAGUCAACAGUGGCCGUUUAUGCUCAGUUAUAUCGCUGUGGACAUACCGCCCCUGCAAGAGAAAACUAGUAGUUGGACGACAGCGGGGAUCGCUGCAUGGCUAAUGAUGAAUGCAACGACCUCUGCCCUAAUCCAGAUCACACACAUUCAAUUCCUCACACUGAUGUACCCAUCUCGCCUCGAAGCAAGGUUAAUUUUCAUCUUACUAGGUCCCCUCGCUAUUGUUGCCGCUAUCAUGCAGCUUAUACCCGUCGAAAACUCUCCCUCUGUGAUUCACAUUGCCGAUGCAGUCCGCAACGUUUGCAAUGCGACUCUCAGUCUUCUGUUCACUGCCUCUUUAUUUAUCUGGGGAACUCUUGUCAAUCGCAAGCAGGCAUGGCGCACAGAUGGCGGUACAGCAGCUUUCGGCGUCGGGGCCCUAACUCUAGCCGUCAUUUCUACGGCGACCACUUUCGUUUUUAUUCCUACGAAGGACCAGUAUGAUUGGAUCAUGCCUCUUACCUGGUCCGUCAUGCUUUGGCAGAGCUUUCUUGGGUGGUGGUGGUGGGUAGGCGCGGGUAUGGGAGUUGGUGAGGUGGAAGAGUUGCUUCGGAGGGAAGAGAAGCGGAAGCACAAACGAUGGUUGAAGCAGGAAAGGAGGAAGGAACAGAAGGAGCGCGCAAAAGUUCUGUGGAAGGACGUGACUGACAAGCUAACGGGGAAACCCAAACGACGACUAUCUAUUGAAGAGGAUGAUUCUAAUCGGACCCUUACGGAGCGUACAGAGACAAUAUCGACGCAAACACAGGCUUCCUCGGCUGUGCCAGCGAACGCGUCGCUCUGGCGUCGUGCUGCAUCGUCUUCGUACACAGCCCUGCGCAGAGGCUAUCUAGUACUACGCCAAGCUCAUAUUCAUGCGGCACGGAGACAGGCGAAGGAGCGCGCGGAGCGUAUCAACGAAGUGUACAGCAACGAGGGUGCGCACGAACUUCCAGAUCGCGAGCCAGGCGUGCACGGCUGGGGUCUCGGCAGCUUCGGGAUUCGUGAACUCGCAGCGGGGGAAAUGAUCACAGUGGAAGAUAGAGAAGUUUCUACACAACAGGGUAGAUCCGAUAGCGAGGACGACAGGGAGGCGAAGCAAGAGCCUCAACCAGAGGGAGUUCGCGGUGUACAAUCGUCGAUGUGGUGGUGGGGUCCUCUGCGACGCUGGAGGUUACAAGACUCGACUGUGUACUGA